CUGCCAUCUUUUCUUCUUCUUUUCUUGCCAUUGACGGCGCAAUUGAAUCUUGCCGACGCGUCUUGUUGAUCUGUCUGCUGCGUUGCAUUGAAACAAGCACAGCUUUUGAACCAAGCACAGCUUUUGAACCAAGCACAGCAUUCACCUCGGCUCUCCCAUCACAAAAGACGCUAACACGAAGCCGAUCAUUGCUUCUUCCUCUUCCACUUUCUCCUAUUUUCCUCCUCAAAUCCAUCACCAUUAUGCCUCGAAGAAAGGCUGCGGCUCCUGCUGCUCCUGCAGUACCGCCGCUGGACGGAUGCGUCAUCGCCAUCAGCGGCAAGUUUGACAACUCCAAACACACCCAUGCCUCUCUAGAGCAGCUCAUCAAGUCCCUGGGUGGCAGCGUCACAAAGAGCGUCACCAAAACCACAACCCACGUCGUCUGCUCUGAAGACGAUUACAACAACGACUCUGCAAAAGUCGCUGCUGGCAAGGCCAAAGACUUGCCUUUGGUCAGUCCAGACUGGAUCUUCGAGGCCGAGAAGGAGAACAAGACAAUCGACCCACAGACCCAUGUCUGGGGCAGCGACAAGCCCGCCGACUCACAGACCAAUGGCAAGAAGCGCCCCAUUAUGGUGUCCAAGAGCGACGAAGACGAAGAACCCGAAACCAAAAAGGCCAAAACCAACGGCUCCAAGGCCAAGGGAGCAAAGAGCAAGGCCAAAGCCGCCGACCCCGAGCCCGAGCCCGAAGCUAAAGAAGAGAAGCAGGUGGCCGAGGGCCAAUUCAUCAAGAAGAAGGAUGCAGCAAUCCCUGUUGAUGAGCAUUGCCCGCUGGUCUAUAACCAGGUGCACAUUGACCCCGACACUGGGCUGAUAUACGAUGCUUCUCUCAACCAGACGAAUGCAUCCAAUAACAACAACAAGUUCUACCGCAUCCAGGUCUUAUAUGAUGCCAAAACAAAGGUGUACAAGACAUGGACUCGGUGGGGCCGUGUUGGAGAAAUCGGUCAAAGUGCCAUUCUCGGCAACGGCGCGGUAGCAGAUGCAAUCAAGAACUUUGAAAAGAAGUUCAAGGACAAGUCUGGCCUGGCCUGGGACAACAGGGGCGAUAACCCCAAGCCAGGAAAGUAUGCCUUUGUUGAGCGAAGCUACAACCCAGACUCAGAAGAUGAGGACGAUGCCGACGACAAGGUCGUUGCGAAAAAAGAAGACGAGGAAGAGGUCAAGAUUGCAGAAUGCACCCUCCAGCUCGAAGUCAAGUCUCUCAUGGAGCUCAUUUUCAACCAGCAGUAUUUCCAGGCCACUAUGACUGCCCUGAAUUACGACGCGAACAAGCUCCCUCUAGGAAAGCUAAGCAAAGCAACCAUCACUCGCGGUUUCCAACAACUCAAAGAUCUCGCAGCUCUGAUGGACGAUGCCACUCUGGCAGCGAGCAAAUGGAACACGACCGUAGCCAAUGCCACGGAAAUGUUGUCCAACAUGUACUACUCCAUUAUUCCACACGCAUUUGGACGCAACCGUCCUCCCAUCAUCCGAGACAAUGCUUCGCUCAAGAAGGAGAUUGAGCUGCUGGAAAGCUUGUCUGAUAUGAAGGACGCUGCAGACAUCAUGAAGAUUGACCGCAAAUCAACAGACAACAUUCAUCCUCUGGAUAAGCAGUUCCAGAGCUUGGGCCUCAACGAAAUGACGGUACUGGACCACGACAGCAGUGAAUUCCAGUAUCUAUCAGACUACCUGCACGGCUCCAAGGGAGAAAGCCACGGCCUCGACUACAAGGUCCAGGAGAUUUUCCGAAUCGAGCGACAGGGCGAGAACAUGCGCUUCGACGAGUACGCCGAGAAGAGCACGAUUGGCGCCAACCGCCGUCUUCUCUGGCACGGCUCGCGCGCCACAAACUUUGGUGGUAUCCUCAGCCAGGGUCUGCGAAUCGCACCGCCAGAGGCACCAGUCUCUGGUUACAUGUUUGGCAAGGGUAUCUACCUGGCUGACAUGUCAUCCAAGUCGGCCAACUACUGCUGCUCGUACAUUUCCGGAGGCCAAGCGCUUCUGCUUCUCUGCGAAGCCAAGCUGGGUGAUCCCAUGCAGCAAUUGACCAACGCAAGCUACGACGCUGGCAGCACUGCAAAGAAGGGAGGUAUGGAGAGUACCUGGGGUAUGGGUAUGACUGCGCCGCCAAAGUGGAUGGACGCUGGUGUGGUGCACGAGAGCCUCAAGGGUAUCCAAAUGCCCGACAUUACCGAAAAACCUUGUGCCACCAACGUAGACGGUGCAUAUCUCAUGUACAACGAGUUCAUCUGCUACGACGUCGCGCAGGUAAAGCUGCGCUACCUCUUCCGCGUUCAGAUGUAAACAAAAAUUCGAAUUUCACGUAGUAUUGUAAUUGUUCUUCGUAUUUUCCUUGACGGAAAGACUGGGUGUGCAUGAGGGAAGCACUUUUAAGCCCAUAGGGGGCCAUUGGAGUUUCGGGGUGCGGCUUCUGUGUAAAAAUAGCUUGCUAAUUUGCUUUUAAGUAUUCAUGAUGACUAGACGAAUAAAUUGAUCCAAUAUUUUAUG